AUCCCCGGCUCGGAAAUGGCGGAAGAGCGAGAGUACCUGGCGGUCUCCGGGGCUCACAUCACGCUGCAGCGCCUUCACCACAGCGCCUCCUGUCGGGAGUUCCAGGUGCGCUGCCCGCGGCUGCAGCUGCGCUCUCUGAGUGCUGUGACAUGCUGCGUGUGGCUCGUGGCUUAUGGGCUCUUCGUCGUCAGCCAGAACAGCAUGGUGCUCUCUGCUUCGAUAUUUAUCACACUGAUUGGCUUACUUGCAUACCUGCACUUCAUGAAAAUUAACCAGGAGUCUCUGCUGAUAAUUGACUCACUUGGAAUACAGAUGACCUCGUCCUACGCAUCAGGGAAAGAGAACACAACCUUUAUAGAGAUGAACCAGGUCAAAGAUGUGGUCAUCAAUGAAGCCAUUUAUAUGCAAAAAGUUAUCUACUACCUGUGUAUCCUUCUCCAAGACCCUAUUGAACCUCAUGCUGUUUCUGAAGUAGUGCCACUGUUUCAAAGCUCCAAGCCACGUCUAGACUGCCUUGUAGAAGUAUACAAAAGCUGCCAAGAAAUCCUGGAGCAGAGGAAAAAAUCUUGAUACCAGCUUUUAAUGUGAAACUUUUUAUCAAGACAAAAUAACCACAAUAAUACAAUUCCACCCCCCCCAAGGUAUUAGGUAAAGCUUUUACAAGGUAAGCAUGUUAAUCUACUUGGCUAUAUUGAUAACUAGGUAAGAGUAGAUUCAAAUCCACCGAGGAACUGAAAACUGCUAGUGCCUUUUUGAGCAAGGAUUGAACGUGCAGCCAUGAAGAAACGUUACAGAAAAAAAUUACUAACCCAGGUUCCACAUUUUCUUCAGUCAACAUAAUGAUGUAAGAAACUCAAUGAUAAUCCUUCUUUUUCUGUCAAAAAUUAACUUCUCUAAAUGACUGGAAAUCUACAAGGAAGGUUCAGCAGAAAUAGGAUGAAAAUAAGGGAUCUUUCCCUUCCUAAAUAAAAUUUCAUGGAAGAAUGGAA